AUGCUCCGUAAUUCGGAGAGUAAUAGUCGUGUUGUCUAAUGGGUACCACUGCAAGUCCUGCCUCGAGAUAGUAUUACCCAAUUUGGGGGGCCAAAAGCCUUGACGUCGCUGAAUUCCGAAUCCGAGGAAUAAGUCCAACCUCCGACACUCGGCCAGUCCAUUAUGCCAGUGCAUCUUGGGCUACCGCCCCGCUCUCCUUGUUUAUCAUCAUUCGUUCUACUCAGUCUCCUUUUACAUUGGCCAAUUCAUUAUUCUAGUAGUGUGCCCGUCAUCUUUAUGACGCUCGCUUCUACUCCCCGUCGUGGCCCGGCUUCUUAAAAUAACGAAGCAAUCCGCUCAAACUCAACUGCUUACAGUUGUCAGCUGCUCGCAACGGCCAUGGAAGAUACGACUCCAGCGCAGUCGCCUUGCGCUAAUACAAAUGAAUCCCAGCAGGAUGACUGGAUAGGACCUGAUGACCGAGAUUGCCCAUAUAACUGGCCGCUCUGGAAACGUAUCUAUAUGACUAGCGUUCCAACAUUUCUCUGUAUCAAUGUGUCAUUCGCCUCCUCUGUUUACACAUCCGCAGCCGAAGGUAUAUCAGCGUAUUUCAGAGUCUCGGAAACCGUAUCCCUUCUCGGCCUUUCCUUGUUUCUUUGGGGGCUCGGAUUAGGAGCUACAAUUGCAGCACCACUCAGUGAGCACUAUGGCCGCCGGAUUGUAUAUUUGACAACAGUGCCACUCUUCGGCCUCUGCAUCCUGGGCUCAGGAUUAGCGCAAAACUUUACGACGCUAGCUGUCUGUCGAUUCUUUGGUGGCUUCUUUGGAAGUGCGGUGGUCUCAGUAGGUGGCGGCACAAACGCAGACAUAUGGCAACCGUGUCUAGCUGGGCUCGUGUAUCCCUUCUACUUCGUGUCUCCUUUCCUUGGUGCCGCCAUGGGACCCGUUAUUGGCGGUUUCAUCAGCGAAUAUGAGGAUUUCCGAUGGAACGAGUGGGUGAUCCUCGUUUUCGUUGCCUUCAACUUGCUAUACUGCAUACAACAAUCCGAAACAUACAAGAAAACCAUCCUCCAGCACCGCGCCCGCACGCGAGGCUUGUCCCGCAGAGUCCCAGCAAACACACCAAGCCCUUGUCAUAUCGUCAUCCAGCAGAUAGUCCUGAAGCCUUUCAAACUGCUCUUCACAGAGUCUAUUGUACUUCUUAUGACAAUCUACAUGGCGUUUAAUUUUGCAGUUUUCUACAGCUUUUUUGCCGCUUUCCCAUACGUAUUUGGCGGCCAAUACGGAUUUACGACAAGCCAACAGGGACUCACAUUCAUCUCCAUUGCACUGGGUUGCAUUAUUGGAUUUUUUGCUGUGGUAUACAUAGACAGAUUAGCAUAUCCCAGGUUGGAAACAAAAUAUGGUAGGGACGCAGUGCCGCCAGAAUACCGUCUGUAUGGCGCGAUGGCAGGCAGUGUCCUCAACCCUAUCAGCCUCUUCUGGUUCGGCUGGACUGCUCACAGAGGGGUGCAUUGGUCAAUUCCAGUCAUAGCAGCGGUACCAUUUGCAGUAGGCAAUAUUAUGGUGUACAAUAGCGGUGCCCUGUAUAUUAUGAGCUCGUACGGGCCUCUGCAUGGCGCUAGUGCCCUCAGUGCCAAUAGUCUGCUUCGAUAUGCUGGCGGGGGUGCUUUUCCGCUUUUCAUUGUGCGAAUAUUUACCGUUUUAGGGAUUGGCUGGGCUACUAGUUUGUUGGGCUUUGUCUCAGUGCUGCUAGUUCCAGUACCGUGGGUGCUCAAUAAGUACGGAAAGCGAAUCAGAGCGCAGAGCCGUUAUAUCACGAGUGAGGACGAGUUACUCUGA